AUGGAAGAAAAAGAGCUAGGAGAGAAUGCGCCUACGAAAAAUGACGCAUCCACAGGCACAACUGCAGCGGUAGCGCCAGCUUCCUCGGCAUCGCUUGCGGUGGACAAGUCACAAAUCCCGCGGCCGUACAAGUGCCCUUUAUGUACGCGAGCCUUCUAUCGUCUCGAGCAUCAGACACGCCACAUCCGCACACAUACAGGCGAAAAGCCGCAUGCUUGCACGCAUCCCGGGUGUGAUAAACGGUUCAGUCGGAGUGACGAACUGACACGGCAUCUACGCAUUCACUCUAGCGACAAGCGCUCUGCGCCUGGGGAUGCGCCAUCGGCGGUUUCUUCUGAUGACUCUCGCCGAGGCUCCCAGGCUCGUCGUCGGACGCGCGGUGCUCCGCGUGGACGCGGAGGUGCCUCGAAGGUCUUGCGCCCGCAUGCUUCGGCGCAUGAUACCCACGACACUUCGUGGCACUCUGGUCAUACUAAUGUCCCAUCGUCAUCAUCGUCGUCGUCAUCUUCUUCCACAUCAUCAUCCAGGACACGCCCUUAUGCGUCGGCGUAUGGUGCUCCCUCGGCUAAAGUGACUAUGGCCUCGCUACCUGGGAAUGCAGCUGUGGGCGGUGGCGUCUCUAUCGCAACAGAUCCUACUCUCGCGUCGGCACUGCCUCCAACUGUCUCCGCUGGUGGCGGCGAUAGUGAGAUGUCGACACUCGCAAGUCUCGCGACGGGUGAGCUCAAUGAACUUCAUCGCCAAGAACGAGAGUCAAAAGUGCAGCACGCCAUGCGUGCACGCGAGCAUGCGUUACCGUCAUCUGUCAAGCACGACUGGGCCAUGCUUGAGGAUGCUCGCUAUGGCAUUUCUGCAAGCGAGGCACCUGUGCCGGUGGCGCCGCAUCCAUACGUGUAUGGGCCACCGCCGCCGCCACCGCCACCCAUGUCGUACCUUGAUGAGCAUGCGCGUCACAGGCAUGCAGAUUAUGCAUACUACCAUGACCGUUACCGUGACCAACGAUAUGAGCGAGACGCGUCGCACUAUUAUGUACCAGCAACGACAUCGUCUGCGUACGGACCGCGACGUUAUGCGAGCCUCCCGGGUAGCCGGGACGUGUCGCCGGGUCCAGCGCUUCCGUCCCGCAACACUUGGGACGAUUCCAUGCCGCCACAACAUCACGAACUGGAGCCGCACCAUGAAGAAGCUAUGGUGCCUCUCCGCUCACACGUGCGAAGCAAUUACGGGACGCCAUCAGGGAGUCCUGUGCUGGGUCCGUUGCGGACAAUGUCGAUUUUUACCGCGCCAAAUAGCCCACUGGCCUCGCGCACGUCAUCGCCUGUGCUAGGCCGUUCGUCGAAUGCGCGGAUACCUGUAGACUUGCCACGUGUGUCGUCGCAUGGCUCCCUCGCAUCAUUGCCAACGGAAGGACCGAGUCAUACGGCUGGCAAUGGGCAUCAUGGCUCUUUGCGAUUCCGUGCGCACCCAUACAAUGAUGCAGGUGCAUCGGCGCAUGUACCACGUCGGUCCCAUUUGCACUAUGGAACGAACUCGCAUUAUACGCCGUCGCUGCCUCCGAGCACGUCGGGUGAGCGAAGUACGACGAUCGCAGACACGCAUGACGACAUGGUGCAUGAAGUGAAGGCGCCUGCGUCGCCGACCUCAUUGCAUUACCACACUCACUGGCCAACGCCGCGUUCCUUGCGUACCCGAUGGGACGCGCCGCCUUCUGCUGCUCCAGGCGGAGCUGCAGCCUCGACGUAUGAUGGUAGCAGUGGUAGUGCGCAGAUGCGGCCGACGCCGCCAUAUUUCGCGCACUUACCGCCUUCGGUGGCGACCCGUUCGGCUCCCGCGAGUGCAGCGAAUUCGCCACCCGGUUCGCCACGCAUCAAUUCUCCGUUGUCUCUGUUGCAUCAUCAACACCAGGGGUCAAGGGCAUACUCAGCAUAUGCUACCAUCGCACGCCAAUUCACCAGGUGCACCCGCAUCUACAUCUGGCUCAACAUCUGGUGGUGCGUCAUUGUCGCAUUAUCAUCACGACCAACUUCCAGCUAUCAAGGCGCGUGGGACCAACUCGUGUCUCUGGUAUGUCGCGCGUUCAUGAUGAUGUUCAUUGAACCUCCGUCUCGCAUCACGCUGCCACCACUUGGUCAUGCAGUGCCUGCAUCGGCAUCAUCUAUGGCUACGACCCCUUCCGCGUCGACACAAACGCCAACAUCCUCAGCCGCGGCUCCAUCAACAUCAGCUGCGGCUGCGGCUGCGGCUUCCGCCACGACCGGUGCCGUGACCCGCGCUCUCGAUUAA